GCUGUGAUUUGCCCAAGGUCAUCCGGUUCAGAGUCUGGUGACGCCCUUCCCAUGCCCUUUGCACCACCCCGUUAUUUCUCAUAUCAGGAUUUCACAUGCCUUCUCAGGGGACUGUGACAAUUUUCGUUUUCCUUUCAAAGAUCAUCGCUUAGGGUUGAAAAGCUCCGCGUGUCACUCUUUGUUAAAGGUCUUCUUUACGCAAGGUGCCAGGGAGAUGGGGGAGAAACAAAAUGACUAAAUAGUGGGUUGAGACUAAAACUUAUGAUGAAGAUCAACGAGGAACUGGCCCGCAUGAACCAGUGGCAAGUACACGGAAAAUUGGAUCGUGCUAACUUUGAACACGGCAGCUGCUCCCCAGGAGGGAGUUCAUGGGAGAUGUACAGCUGCGAGGUGGCCUAGGUCUGGCUGACACUCCCAUAGAAGAAUGCAAAAGACUGAGGAGUCGAAUUCUGCAUCGGAAAAUCAGAGGGAUGUUUUUUCUGCCUAAAUGACAUUUAAACAAGAUGGGAGGACCCAGCAGAAGCUGCUCCUGUUUGGGACAUACAUUCCCUUCCGGGAUCACAUACCGGAAUCCUCUCAAGUGAAACAGGCAACCUGGUCUCGGCUCUCCAAGGCUCUGUGAGACGUCUGCUAUGACCGCAGUCUCUUGGCGGAGCCAGGACUGCCCCUUGCUGCCACAGGCACGCCAGGUGCCCCACUCUGCCCCGCCUGUCCUCGGCCCCACGUCGCCAUGGGUAGUGUCAGCAGCCUCAUCUCCGGCCACGGCUUCCACAGCAAGCACUGCCGGGCCUCCCAGUACAAGCUGCGCAAGUCCUCCCACCUCAAGAAACUCAACCGCUGUUCAGACGGGCUGCUGAGGUUCGGCUUCUCCCAGGACUCGGGUCACGGCAAGUCCAGCUCCAAAAUGGGCAAGAGCGAAGACUUCUUCUAUAUCAAGGUCAGCCAGAAGGCCCGGGGCUCCCACCGCCCUGAUUACACUGCACUGUCCAGUGGGGACCUAGGGGGCCAGGCCGGGGUGGACUUCGGCCCGUCCACCCCACCCAAGCUCAUACCCUUCUCCAAUCAGCUAGAAAUGGGCUCGGAGAAGGGUGCCGUGAGACCCACGGCCUUCAAGCCGGUGCUGCCUCGGUCAGGCGCCAUCCUCCACUCGUCCCCCGAGAGCGCCAGCCACCAGCUGCACCCCGUGCCUCCAGAGAAGCCCAGGGAGCAGGAGCCGAAGCCCAGCCUGUGCUCCGGGGCGCUGUCUGACUCCGGCCGGAACUCCAUGUCCAGCCUGCCCACCCACAGCACCAGCAGCAGCUACCAGCUGGACCCGCUGGUCACACCGGUGGGGCCCGCCAGCCGUUUUGGCGGCUCAGCCCACAACAUCACGCAGGGCAUCGUCCUCCAGGACAGCAACAUGAUGAGCCUGAAGGCCCUGUCUUUCUCCGACGGGGGCAACAAGCUGGCUCACCCGAGCAAGGCGGAUAAGGGCUCCGUCCGCUCCCCCAUCUCCACGGACCAGUGCACCAUCCAGGAGCUGGAGCAGAAGCUGCUGGAGAGGGAGGGUGAGCUCCAGAAGCUGCAUCGCAGCUUUGAGGAGAAGGAACUGGCCACCAGCCAGGCCUAUGAGGAGCGGCCGCGGCGCUGCAAGGACGAGCUGGAGGGUCUGGAGCCCAAGGGCAAGCUGAAGGCAGCUGCGCAGAAGAGCCAGCGCGCCCAGCAGGUGCUGCACCUCCAGGUGCUCCAGCUCCAGCAGGAGAAGCGGCAGCUGCGGCAGGAGCUCGAGAGCCUCAUGAAGGAGCAGGACCUGCUGGAGACCAAGCUCAGGUCCUAUGAGAAGGAGAAGACCAGCUUCGCCCCCGCUCUGGAGGAGACGCAGUGGGAGGUGUGCCAGAAGUCCGGUGAGAUCUCACUCCUGAAGCAGCAGCUGAAGGAGUCCCAGACGGAGAUCAACGCCAAGGCCAGCGAGAUCCUCAACCUGAAGGUGCAGCUGAAGGACACACGGGGCAGGCUGGAGGGCCUGGAGCUGAAGACGCAGGAUCUGGAGAGCGCACUGCGCACCAAGGGCCUGGAGCUGGAGGUCUGCGAGAACGAGCUGCAGCGCAAGAAGAAUGAGGCGGAGCUCCUGCGGGAGAAGGUGAACCUGCUGGAGCAGGAGCUGCUGGAGCUGCGGGCCCAGGCCGCCCUGCAGCGGAGCCGGGACACGGCUGCCCUGGGGCCCGCCUCCGCCGAGGACGUGCCCGCCCUGCAGCGGGAGCUGGAGCGGCUGCGGGCCGAGCUCAAGGAGGAGCGGCAGGGCCAUGACCAGAUGUCCUCGGGCUUCCAGCAUGAGCGGCUGGUGUGGAAGGAGGAGAAGGAGAAGGUGAUCCAGUACCAGAAGCAGCUGCAGCAGAGCUACCUGGCCAUGUACCAGCGGAACCAGCGCCUGGAGAAGGCGCUGCAGCAGCUGGCCCGUGGGGACGGAGCAGGGGAGCCCUUUGAGAUUGACCUUGAAGGGGCUGACAUCCCCUACGAGGACAUCAUCGCCACUGAGAUCUGAGGGGCCUCCUGGGAGAGAGCCGGGGACCUGGCAUUGGGUGGCAGGGGUGCUGAGCUCAUCACUGGGGACUCCCCUCCCAUCUCCCCUGCUCAGGCCUCUGAGAGAAGCACAGGCCUCAGGGGGAGGGGGGGAAGGGGUUUCUACACGGCCUCUCCCUGCCUUUCCCACGUUCCAGCGCUUAGCAUCCCUGCAGCCUGCCAGACCUCUAGCUUUGCCAAGAGAUGAGUCCCAGGAUCCCCAUCAUUCGGUUAAGGGCUCCCUAACCUUGGCCUUUAUUCAAAAUAUUUAGAGAUACCCUCUCCCAGGGAGGGUGGCAACUACCGUGAAGGCCAGUGGCCUCCCCGGGACAGAAGCUCCCUUCCACCUCUCUUCCGCAACUUCCUUUCUCGCGCCAACAUAUUGGGAUGCCCCUUGGGAACAGAACGCAAGCAUUUGUGACCAGAAGCUUUGGAAUCUGACCCAGUCAUAACCUGAGCUAUUUUCCCCUGGCCUUCGAGGGGUUGGGGUCGGAGUGGGGUGUGGAGAACCUGUCUUAGCAACUUCAGAGCUUCCCGACCCUGACGGGCCGCAGAAGGGAGGGGAGUGCCGGGGCAGCCCACGAGUGUCGAGACUCAGCAAGACCCAGACAGGGUCAGAGGGAGAAGCGCGGUAGUAACAGCCAGACCCUGCUGGCCCAGCUCACCGGAGGCGAGCAGCCUCUCGGUGGCUGGUGGCCUGUGACCUCUGUGACUACGCUUCUGAAAGCCAUAGACCUGAGGCCCUGGGGUGGGAGCUGGGAAGGAAAGAGUGAAGUCACCGUGACACAGGGAGGGUGUGACUUCGAGCUGUCCCCAAGGGAGCCUCCAGAUCUUUCAUCAUGGGGCCAGAGGUAGGGAUUUCCCCACCUGGUUCAAGUAGGCUAGCAGCCACCCUGAGCUCUACUUCUUUCCCAGGAACCAAGCCUUUGCUUGGAUCCAGAAUGACCUAUGUCCGCUGAGCUGGCACAGGGUCAUCUAGGCUGGACAUUCCCCCCUUCAUCUCACUGCCCACUGUGUCCCUUCUCACCUCCAGGGCUAAGUGCAGACAGAGUCUGUGCAGGUCAGGAAGGGGCCCCAGAGUGCUGGUGGCCAAAGAGAGUAAGAGGCACCGACACAGCCUCUGAAUAUAUCCCUGGGGCCGCAGGCUGGCCACCUCCACUGGCAGCCCCACCUAAGCCCCAUAGUCAAGGACCUAUGGGCUGCCAGAGGUUAGACUUCUCCUCUGAGGACAUGCAGAGAAAAGGUGGUUUCUCAGUUGCUUGGUUCAGGGAAUUAUCUUUCCUUCUUCUUCCUUCUUCUUUUUCCUUUCUUGUCUUUGCAGAAGCAAGCCAGAUCUCGCAGGCAGUCAGGCUGUUUCAUGUUCUAUUUUUGCCUCUAGCCGCAGCUGCUGUUCUUGGGACAGCCAGCCCUUGCUGGACUCCUGGGCCUCACGCCUGCAGGCUGAGAGGGGUUCACUGAGGUAGGAGGGACCAGAACGACUGGGUACUCAGCAGUCCCAGACCCGUGCCCCCAGUUCUGCUGGCCCUUCCAGGCCCAGGGUGGGAGUGGGGAGCUGCCUCUCCUCCUGCCCCCUGUCCUGCCAGGGCCACCACAUUCUUUCCCUGAGUCUGAGCCAAGAGCAGGGCCACCUUCCCUGCUGUUCGCUCUGCCUCCCUGUCCCUGUGUUAAGCUGUGCCUGUCCUGCCUUCAUGUGACAGAGGAGCUUUUCUGGAAUUUCAAGCCAUUGCUCUUAGUCAUAGACUAGACUUAAACCUGGAAUCCACAGGCCAAGAGCCCCCUCCCUGCCUAGAGGCCAGUCCCCUCCGCUGGGCACAUUGCAAACCCCCAGUCAAAGAUGUCCCUCCCCCUGUGCCACGGCCCUCGGUCCCUCCAUCUCCACCAGCCUGUGCCUUGUUUGAGUCCUUCCUCCCAGUGAGACUGCCCCACGAGACAGAGAAAGGGGCUGCUGCCCUUCCCCAGGCUGGAGACGCCCCCCUUCCCAAAGAGCAGCCAAAAGCCCAUUGCUCUGCCCUCAAGACCACCUGCGAAGAGAUGGGUGCGAAGCCUGGGGGAGGGCGCUCAGGGGCGAAGGGAUUCCACCAUGGUGUGACCAUGCCCUGCGCCCUACAUCCCUGUCCCAGGCCAACCCACAGAGUCCCCCCUGGGCUGCCACCAGCUCAAGGCCCCAGGGUGGCCCACUGUGGCACCAGUUGUACCAGAGCGAAAGUGUCCUGUAACAUAGCGACCUCACGGCUGCGUGGUUUCCCUUCCCUUCCCUUCCCUGUGCAAAAACCUCCCUGCUGUUCCUGGACCUUGCCAAGCCCAGCCUCUCUGGAAGGAGGCUCUGAGCCGCAGAGGCCGAGUGGGGACGGGGGAAGUGGGUCACGUGGGCCUCCGAGCAGGCAGCCUGGCCCGGGCUGGCGGGAGCUCGCCACCCCUCCCUCGGAGCACUGCUGGGGCACGCCUGCUCACUGGGUCAGAGCCACCCCUGCUGCUCCCCAAAGGGUGAUGGAAUGCUCCACGGUCAGCGAAGAGACAGCAACACUGGCACCCCCUCACCAAGAGGGGACUCUGCCUCUGGGCCUUGGAGUGACCAGACGCUCACGUGGCCCCCACCCGAGGUUCCUCCUCGGGCCUCUGUGUUUGGGUAACUCCUGCUGGGCACACUCCGCUCCCAGGGGACUGAGCUCCCUGGGGACUGGCUGGGGGGAGAAGCACCUGCUGAGCCUCUGCCCCUGCUCUCGUCCUGGCCUGGGUUGGGCCAUCUCUUGGGAGAGAGGGAUCCCGGGGUAAGGCAGGCUGGGCUGUUGGGGCGGCAGCUGCCGUGGCAGGAGACCGUGGCCCUGUGCACGCGGAGGCUCUGUCCGCCUCACCUCUUCUGUGCUCCCCUGCCGCUGCCUCCCCAGGCAGCGUGGGAACCCCAGCCCAGGCUGGCUGUGGAUGGACUGGCAUUUGGAAGAACAUGCACAGAGUUAUUUUUCUCUUGGUUGUGUCUCGUUUGGUUUGCUCUGCUUUUGACAGCUUUGAUUUAUUUUAUUUUUGAUGCCUCCGUUUGGCCAUGUGAACUAUUUCUGGUAAUUUUAUGUUUUUAUUUAUGAAUAAAGAAUGCCAUUUCACAUGCCCUCCCCAUCUACCCUCCUUCCCCUGGCUGAGGCGUGGCAGCUCCCUGGGGCCUCUGCACUUGGAAUAAGAAAGGUGAUGUCCCUUCCUACCAGCAAAGGAGGAGGGGGAAAGCCUUUGGUGAGGGCCAUAUCGGGCUGGGAGAAAAGCAGGCACCUUUGCAUCAGAUAGACUUCCAGCUGGUCCCUACCCCUCACCAACCCUGUGACCUUAUCUGUGACUGGGACCUGGGCAGACCCUGAGAAGCGGGGAAAGGGGACCAAGGGCCAAG